ACUGGAUCGGGGACGACUCUGGCCAAAGGUCACUCUUGCCGAGGAGCAGCAGUCAGCUGUAUGUGACUGGGCAAUAUAUCUCAGAUGCACCCCUACAGAGGACUGAGCAGAGGUCGACGGCAAUGUCUGUGCAUGUCUGUCUGUAUGGAAAUUCCUGGGUUUUGGUUUCGCAUUUUGGAAAGAGCCCGUGAACAUGUGAAUGCAUACAACAACUGAGGGGUUUAAUUUAAUUCACUUGUUGGUGGAAAAGUCAUUGGUUCAGAACAGAGACAGGAGGAGUCACCUGGUCUUGGAGUGAAGUUGAUCUGGGUCAUUGUGGUUCCUGCCUUGACCCAUUGGGCUCCAGUCUGGAUCAGCAGAGGUCAGCUGGGUACGAUAGACUAGGGGAGGGCCAGGUUGGUCACUAUUGGGACCAGUGUUCUGCUUUCUCCCCCCUUGGACCGACGGGCACGUCAUGAGGAUUCACAGAACUGCAUUGCAUCAGGACACCAGUGGUUAUGGCAUGGAGCUGGAGCCGUCCUACACCAUGCUGGAGUUCGACAGCCUGAGACCACUUCCAGAGGAGACAGAGUUGCUGGUGCCUGGCCCAGCUCCGUCGCUGCCUCCCAGUGGCACCAGUGGGAACCUGUGCUCCAUAUGUGCGGACAAGGCCACAGGGAAACACUACGGGGCCGCCAGCUGUGACGGCUGCAAGGGAUUCUUCAGACGCAGCGUGAGGAAGAACCACGCCUACACAUGCAGGUUCAACAGACAGUGUGUGGUGGACAAAGACAAGAGGAACCAGUGUCGCUACUGCAGGCUGAGGAAGUGUUUCCGGGCGGGCAUGAGAAAAGAAGCUGUCCAGCAUGAGCGGGACCAAAUAAGUUUCCGUAGAGACGGCCAGGCUCUGGGAACGCUGUCCAUCAGCAUGCUGCUACAGGCGGAGGCCAGCACACACCAGUUCCUAUCCUCAGUUCCAGGCAUGCUCUGUGACACAGGCAUGAAGAAGGUGGCGCGAGUGGGGGAUGUGUGUGAAUCCAUGAAGCAGCAGCUCCUCCUGCUGGUCGAAUGGGCGAAGCGCAUCCCUGAAUUCUGCGAGCUACCAGUGGACGACAGGGUGUCCUUGCUGAGGGCCCAUUCUGCCGAGCAUCUCAUCCUUGGCGUGGCACGACGCUCACUUCCCUACAACGACGUCAUCCUUCUGGGAAAUGACUUCAUCAUCCCGGUAAAUGGCCCAGAGAUGGAGGUGUCCAAGGUGGCUGCUCGUAUUCUGGAGGAGCUGGUCAGGCCACUGCGAGAGCUGGACGUCACCGACAUGGAGUUCGCCUGCCUGAAGGCCAUUGUCUUCUUCGCUCCAGACUGCCCAGGUUUGGAGAAUCCGCAGGCGGUGCGGCAAGUGCGCUUCCAGGCCCAGGUGCUUCUGGACGAGGCGACUUACGAGCAGCGUGGACGCUUUGGGGAGCUGCUGCUCAUGCUGCCCCCGCUGCAGAGCGUCGCCUGGCAGAUGGUGGAGCAGCUCCAGCUGGCGAGGCUCCUGGGGGAGGCCAGCGUGGACACUCUGCUGCAGGAGAUGCUGCUCGGGGAAGGGGCAGCCGGGGCCAGUGGUGGUGCUGGUGCUGGAGGAAGACAUGGAGCUGGAGCUGGAGGUGCAGUCGGGCCAGGGGUUCCCAAUCAGCAGAUCCCCAAAGGAUCUGCAGAGCCAGGAAGUAACACUGAAGUCUUCUCGUUCAUGUCCUCUGGGGACCCUGCCAUGGCCUGUGGUCCCUUGGGUACCCAGGAGGUGCUGCCAAACCAAUUCAUCUCCGUGAUCCUUCCAGUUCCAAACAGUCUGCCAGAUCUUCAGAUGGUGCCCACGCAGACUGGCACCGAGGUGUACAGACCCAGACAAGACCCUGGAAUGGCUCAAGAGAUGCCAAGCAGCAUGGCCCUCCCACCGAUGCACAGGUGCCUCUGACAGAACAAUGAGGCUCAUUCAGAAAUGCACACCCCAGAUGCACAUGGAGUGCACACUCAAGCACAAAUGCUUACAUACAGUACAUACCAAUUUGAAGACCCGUGUAGCCAAAGACACUGCAAAGGUAGACUGAUAAUAAACUGAUAUAGUAAACAGUACCAGUGAUCUGCCUCAGCCACAGAAUAUGGAGUUGUAUGCAACUAGUCACCAAAGACUGUUGAAUUAUUAAUUCAUGGUGAUAUACAGUAUACUCACUUUAAUUAAACACUUGUGUACAUUUAUGGCAUGGAGAUCUCGAAAAGAAAAUGGUAGCCUUGUCAUAUUACUGGGUGACUUUAUGACCAUAUUUAUGGGCGGGUGACUUGGCAAAGUUACUGUAGACUGUAAGCAGCUUUCUCACCACCAUGUUAUGAGCUAAUGUUUGAUUUAUCCUGUCAAUGUCUGGGGGAUAUACAAAAAAAAGAAAUCCCUGCAGAGCAUUCAUUGAGCUGUGUUAUACGAGCAUGUUUUGUGUAGCUGUUCCUUUAUUUUAGAGCCAAUGUUGUGUACUAACCUAAAUUCGAACAUUUGCCUUGUUUUGUUGACACAACGUUUAAAGAGUGCUGCAGUGGAGUGCUAGAUUACCGACUGUGAAAUCUAGAAAUUGUGCAAAUGUAUGAAUGACAUGGAAUAUGACUUGCAUAUGGACUUUGAACUUGAUUGAUCAGAAAUGUAAAUGACAAUGAAAAUGAAUAUACUAUAUACUGUAUUUAUGUUAUUUUAGCUCUACCUUCUGACUGACAAUAUGGACUACCUCCCAGCAGAGGGCGCUCAUGACCUACUAAGCAAAUACACACAGCUGCUUCUCCUCUCCAUAUCACUAACCAUAACCAGAAAUAGAAAGAUCACACCAAACCACAGCAUAAACAAACAGCUUAAAAAGUACUUGGACUACUGAACCAGAACACCAAAAAGAGGAAUGUAUUUAGGCCACGUGUCACUGAGCAAUUCCAAACAUAAUGCACCACACAGAAAGGGGACAUCCAGAUAAAUGCAUGUUUAUUGGGAAAUAAACAGGAGGAUGGGGCUGCAUGUUUUGCUUUGUGAAAACAAGUUGUGUUAUAAAUAGGAGACUGUGUGUGUGUGUGUGUGUGUGUGUGUGUGUGU